CCACACUGAACAUGUUAGUAGUAGCUGGGGUAGAUAGAUAUACAUUAUACGUGAAAUUGUCAAGUUUUAUUUUCUAUGCAUUUACACACACUAAACCCCCAGGUUUUUUCAUGCGAAGACACGCCUCUUUUGACUCUUGGGAGUUGCCACAGCGGCUGUCUGACACUUCAAAGUGCUUCACAGGACACAAAGAAAGACAAUAGACAAGGCAGCAUGGACUGCAAUGAGAAUUUGCUCAACUAUCUGAGCUACGGGAUGAUCCUGGCAGGACUGUAUUAUCUGUACCGCCACAAGAAAUGCCAAACCUGCUAUGGCCGCCACAUGGCCCAAACUCCUCACACCAAAUUGGUCCCAGCCCGACUGGCUUGGUUCCUUCAGGAGUCACCAGCUCUUCUGGUCCCUCUGCUUCUGAUGCUCACGUCACACAAAUCCUCCAGCGUGGGGAAGGUGCUACUGCUUGGAACGUUUUGCCUGCACUAUUUUCACAGAACAUUCAUCUAUUCGCUCCUGACCAAAGGGAAUCCAUUUCCACAGAGUGUGAUGUUAUGUGCGGGUUUCUUCUGCUCCGUGAAUGGGUUCUUGCAGGGACACUACUUGCUGCAUUGUGCUACUCUGGAUGAGUGGACGUCUGACUUUCACGUCUACUUUGGCGUACUACUGUUUUACACGGGGAUGGCCAUCAAUAUUCACAGUGACUACAGUUUACGCAAGUUGAGAAAACCGGGGGAAGCCAAUUAUAAGGUCCCUACAGGUGGUUUUUUUGAAUAUGUGUCUGCUGCAAAUUAUUUUGGAGAGAUUCUUGAGUGGUUUGGCUACGCCAUGGCCACUUGGGGCCUUCCAUCGUUUUCAUUUGCUGUGUUUACCGCAUGCUUCAUUGGACCAAGAGCCAUUUACCAUCACAGGUAUUACAAGAGGAAAUUCAAGAACUACCCAAAGUAUCGAAAAGCUUUGAUUCCAUUUAUACUGUGAGAAAAUCAACACGGUAUUUCAGAGUUGACAUAAGUGUUGCAUGGAUUUAUAUUUUAUUCCGGUAUUAAGCUAAUUUUACUCCCCAAAACUGAAUACAAAUAAUCAAAAGGUCACGACAGUGAGUCCAGUUGAAAAUGUCAUGCAUGAAAGUGUAAGAUACACUCUAGUCUUAAAAACAGGAGACAUAUCUGAGACUGAAUGAAUUUUAUGGUGUUUAGAAAGAAGAAGCUGCGAGCAAACUUCAGAAAUUGUUUGACUUAGAUCAGGGGUAUCAAACUUGCUUUCAUUGAGGGCCACACGGUUAUGGCUGCCCUCAGAGGGCCACUUGUAACUGUCAGUAUGUAUGAAUAUACAUGUGGAUAUACAGUAACCUCAUGAUAUUAAUACACAAUUGCCCGUUUGAUUGUUAUAUGUUUACUAACAAAUUGAUGGUCACCUUGCUUUGAGAAGUGAAGCGAGAAUGUCAAGGUGACAAGCAAAUGGUUCAAGUAUUUAUUUUGGACAACAGAAAACGCUUGGAUUAUCUUGUUGCAUGAUCAGAUCAUAUUAAAGUCUGGAAGAACUGCACACAGUACAAUUUUUCUGUCAAUAUCAAAGAACAAAUACUGUACAUUUAGAAGGAAAAAGGUGAAGUGCAUUACUGAUACACAUUAUUCCCAGACUUUUGCAGGCCACGUGUGCCCCGGGCCUUGAGUUUGACACUUAUAACUUGGAUGUAAACAACUGGGACAAAUUUCAAAGUCCCACAUUUACACUCUGGGCCGACAUCUAGUGUUUAUGUAACGUAAAACCAGAGCACUUGGCCCGGCAAUGAGACACUGAAAUGAUACUCAGAAGUUUACUCGAAGGGUGCAUCGUAAUUUCAAUACAUUUAAAGUGUGCAUUCUCUGUAUGGCUCUAAAAGUCUUGCUACAAAAUACUAUCCAGCCAGAACGUUAAUAAAAAAACAGCAUGAAAAUGAUUUUAAAAACAGAAAGACACUAAAAGCUGAAGGCAAACGCUUGUUAAUGGAAUAUAACCAAUAUUUUCAGGAAAAAUGUGCAUUCAGGGGAUUAACUACAGUAUGUUUUCACAUAAAAUCCACAUCCACAUAAAACUAACAUUUGUGAAUGCACCUCACUGUGAAUGUUAUUCAUCACGUCGCUGAGUGUGGAGAGGAAGAGACGUGUGUGCGAGCUGUGCUGGAACUACUGUUGGUGUUAAC